GGAUGCUCAACUACGGAGCGACAGAAACGAGAGCAGGAGGCUCGUCUCGCUGGGAAUGGAGUGGGCACUCCUCGUUUCUGAAGGAUUCCGAAUAAAUUAAUUUAUCUGAAAAAGAACCGCAAGAACUGGAGGUACUUUACUAAAUUGCGACGCGUGACAUAAGGAAGCGGAGGAGGAGGAGGAGGAGGAAGAGAGCGGUGGUAGGAGCCGCGCGCGUGAAUGGAAACGGAGCUCGCGCUGUUUGUAGCAAUCCUACUCUCGCGUUUCCGGUGGCGUGUUUGACAGGUUACUGUACAUCGGAUGCGUGUGCAUUGUGAAACAUGUUAGGUGAGAAAAUCGAGAUAAAGCGCAUGUGAACGGCGCGUGCACACUUCCGCGAUGAUGCUGAGCCGCAAAUUGACAGAUUCAUCGCGUAUCAUUUCACACUUGCCGAGAGUUGGAGCUGGGCUCGAGUGAUUCGCACCGAUUUGAUAUUCUCAGAUAAUUCAGUGAUUUAUUUAUAUCACUCUUUGAACCAUCACCCGCGGUGUGAUCGCACAUGAUUAAUGAGUGCGCCUCUGUGUUCAGAGUAAACCAGGUGAUAAAUAUAUCCGGCUUUGCAACGGAAAUGUCCAUAAGAAUAAUAGAGAAAUAAUAAAUAUUGUCUGUCUAACAAGGCGUACAGUGCAGCCAGGGUGUACGGGCUUUUGUGUGUUUAUAGCCUACAGGGGUUUCACACUGACGAUAUAUUGGUAUGCACUUAGUUAUUUAGUGACUGUAAAUUUUAGUACAAUUAUUUAGUACAAUUUAGGAAACAUGACGAUAUGUGGUGUUUUAAUGAGCGGAUGUGAAGAACGCUGUAAGAGGGACAGCCUUGUGGCCUAACGUUGCAGAAAGUUCCCCAGUAAAAGGCUGUAGAAGGGGUAGAGGUGUGCCUCUGAAACUGAGGCAUGAUCAGACUUUAAUCAGUGUCAGUGAGGCCACGCAGAAAGAGGAUUGCACAGGAUUAGAGCGCAACUCCUACCACUUUAAAGUCCAGAGUCUUGCUAUGGGCUUGUUUUGAUCCGCGCCGUUUUACGCACCGGCUUUACACACAGUGACGCGAAAAAAAAAAAAAAUCAUAAAAAGUCAUCAUUGCGGAUAUCCAUCUCUGGCAUUUUCUGCAUCUUCAACACGGGCCGGAAAACCACAGCAACAUGACUCGAGCAUCCAGACGGACGUCACUGUGUGACACUGUGUGAGUGUGCGUCUUAAACCCAAGCGCGCGCUGCGAGUCGGACCUGUUGAGGCGGCGCUCCUCGGCGGGGAAUGUCGUUGAGCACGAGCCCGGUGUGGCGGAGGUGAGCGCACGCUGUCCGUUUCCCGCUCCGGCUCAUUGCGAGGAUGCUGCGCUUCCCGGUAAAGAAAAUCAGGAAGCAGUUCAAGCUGCUGCUGUUGCUGGUGCUGCUCACUUUCGCCGUGUGGUUCACCUACCUGCACAUCAACCAGGGCAAGUCCAUCCGACUGCACUUCAACUACGGCAAAGACGGAGAGAGGCAAGCAGAGGGGACUGACGCCAGUCACAAGAGAAACUCGCGCUCCUCGGACAGCCAUCACAAGAGUGAGGACACCAGCGACAGUCACGAAGAAGACACAUCAGAGGAUGAGUUUCAUGUUUCUGCCGCUGACAGAGAUCAGUCUAAGAUCCUGAAGUUUCUUGCUAAGAAGCACAAGAAGUUGCCAUGGAAACCUGAGUAUAAGGGUCAGGCAAACCUGCACGUGUUUGAAGACUGGUGUGGCUCAUCCACUGCUCAGCUCAGAAAGAACCUUCAUUUUCCUCUUUUCCCCCAUACAAGAACUGUAGUGAAGAAACUGGCUGUUGCGCCCAAAUGGAAAAACUACGGCUUGAGAGUAUUCGGCUACAUUCAUCCGUACAAAGACGGGGACUUCCAGUUUGCUGUGGCCUCUGAUGAUAACGCAGAGUUCUGGUUGAGUUCAGAUGAGAGCCCACUCAACGCCCGUCUGCUCGUCUACGUGGGCCAAUUGGGGUCAGAGUGGACGGCACCAGGGGAGUUCACCAAAUUCAGGUCUCAGGCUUCCAAGUCUGUCCAUCUCAUCGCUUCCAGAAGGUACUACUUUGAGAUUCUGCACAAGCAGGAUGACAAGGGCUCCGAUCAUGUGGAGGUUGGGUGGCGACCUUUCCUGCCAGGCCUAAAAUAUGAGGUCAUUGAUUCUGCAUAUAUCUCCCUGUACACAGAUGAGAGCGGUUUGAAGAUGAACAGCGUGGAUCACAUCCCUCAGACGCUGGCCAGCCAUAGCCAACUCCCUGUGGAGACUCAGACCAGCAGGCAGCAUGGCGCCGACAUGCUGAAACCCGACCCUCGCGACACCUUCUUCAGGACUCCAAUGAUUGACCCUUCUCGGCUGGAGAACGUGCUGCCACCUUGUCUGUACUCACCCACGUAUGUGGUUAAAGACUUCCCCAUCGCCCGCUACCAAGGCCUGCAGUUUGUGUAUCUAUCUUUCGUCUAUCCCAAUGAUUUCACCCGCCUCACACACAUGGAACGAGAGAACAAGUGUUUUUACCGGGAGUCGCCCAUUUAUCUGGAGAAGUUUGGCUUCUACAAAUACAUGAAAAUGGAUGAAGAGGAGGAUGACAGGCCAUUCUUUUUCCCCAACCCUGAUGAUUUUCUUGAAGAGGAGGAAGGUGUGGAUCCUGAGGAUGAAGAGGAGAUUGUGGGCACUCCGCCAUCAGAGCCGGCCACGCGCCCCAGCCAGACGAGUCACACCUCGAGCCCUUCUCAUAAAUCAGGGUCUGUUCCAACCAGGAGGGAAGAAGAUUUGCAGCCAAAAAAGACAGUACUGAGAGAGCAGAGGCAUUACUUCCACAAGGACGAGCUGCUGCAUAGGGAUUGGAAAAAGGGGGAGGAGCCGGAGGAUCCUGACAGACAGCCUGAGAUGGCUGAGAUGGAGGAGGCUGAGAAUGAGAACGUAGUGCAUGGUCGCUCUUUGUCUUGGAUUCAGAAACACAAAGAAGGAGUGAAGAGAAAGGAACACUCUCCUAAACUGAGCCGAUCGUCUCUCCUGUUCCCGCAGAAAUCCUCCCUCACAGCGCUCACCAACCGAGCCAAGCAGCUGCUGACCAACUCCGCCCAUGCUGGCCGCAAAGACAGUACUCAUCAUGAUAAUGUUAAAACCCACGUGGAGCGCAAGAAAGACAAUAAAAUCUACAUCACCAGACCCCGACCUGGGAACGAGAAAAAAAAUCCUGCCUCACAGCAACCUCGAGAGGUAUUCCCCGGAGUCUUUCUCUAUCACAGUGGGAAAACCACCAAAUUAAUGAACCUUAACUCCAAGCCCAAGGUGAGGAAAAGCAUCCUCGGGGCUUCUCAGUUCCUCGCCAGACCCCCUCUAAGAGAAAGCAGAGUCUUCCCUUUGAGCUCGAACUCCAGUCGUCAGAGUGCGGUUCGCCCAGCCUCCAGCAGGGCGGUGCUCACAAGUCACACAGAAAAGAGCAAAUUAGCAGCUAGUCCAGCUAGUUCUAGUCUUCAUCAUGCUCCUCCUGUUACUCCUCCCUCAUUUCACAAUAUAUCUUUGGAAAACGCCCUGCCUACUGACCCUCCCCGGUUCACUUCCUACCUUCGGACUACUGAGAUCACUGAAACGCAGCUGAAUCGAGCAGAGAUAGAGACCGAGCAGGAGGAAGAGGGUGAUCUAUCAGAGUAUAGCUACGAGGAGGUGGAGCCACGGCCUGGCUGGGCCGAAGAAGCCAUUAACUGGCAGAGGACGUUUUCUGUUAACAGUAUGGACUUUGAAACUUUGCGUUCUGACUGGAAUGAUCUGAGGUGCAACGUCUCGGGCAAUCUCCAGCUUCCUGAGAGUGAGGUGGUGGACGUGCUUGCACAAUACAUGGAGAGGCUGAAUGAGCAUAAUGGAGGUAUCUACACCCUCUUGCGGAUUAUAAACGUGGAGAAAAGGCGCGACUCGGCGAGAGGAAACCGCUACCUGGUUGAACUGGAGCUGAUGGAGAGAGGCAGGAAUGUAGUGCGUCUGUCUGAAUACAUCUACCUCUUACUGCACCGUGGCCGGAUUGAGGAUAGUCUGGAGACAAGCGAUGGAAUGACUGGCUCACCCCCUUCCGGCCUCGUCUCACCCAGACCCUCCGCCUCCACUCAGCCGCUCACCCGCACCGCCCGUGCCACCCUGCGACCUGGGACAGUCUACGCCAAACCACUGCUGUGUCAGCCGGUCAUGCUGCAGUGGAAAAGAGAUGUCAUGGUGCACUUUGUGGUGCCUGUGAAGAACCAGGCUCGUUGGGUCCAACAGUUCAUCAGCGACAUGGAGCUCUUGCACCACGAGACCAAAGACGAGAACUUCAACAUCAUCAUCGUGGAUUUCCAGAGUGAUGACAUGGACAUAGAGCAGGCUCUGAGAGAGAGCUCUGUGCCAAGAUACGACUAUCUGAGGAGGGAGGGGAAUUUUGAACGGUCAGCUGGAUUGCAGGUCGGAGUGGACACUAUCGAGGACAGUCACAGUAUUGUGUUCCUGUGUGACCUGCACAUUCACUUUCCUCUCAACAUCCUGGAGAGCAUCAGGAAGCACUGUGUGGAGGGCAGGCUAGCCUUCGCUCCGAUCGUCAUGAGGCUGGGCUGUGGAAGCUCACCACAAGAGCCUGAUGGAUACUGGGAGGUGAAUGGCUUUGGCUUGUUUGGAAUUUAUAAGUCUGACUUUGACAAAAUCGGCGGUAUGAACACAGAGGAGUUUAAAGACCGCUGGGGAGGAGAGGACUGGGAGCUGCUGGACAGAGUGUUACAGAACGGCCUGGAGGUGGAGAGACUGAGAUUACGAAACUUCUUCCACUACUAUCACUCUAAAAGAGGCAUGUGGAACUCCCAGAUAAAGAAGAGCUCAAAAGGCUAAGCCUCAGCUCAUAUAUUUAUAUCGAAUGAAGGAAAGAGACUUCAUUUAUACACAUGGGCUGUCCUGAGCAGUCACAUGACCUCUGACUCUUAUGAACCGUACAGGAGGGAUACACACGGACACGGCCUGGCUACCCUCGGUGUACACACUCCAGUCCAACCCAAGAUCACUCACUCACUGGACUCUUCUUUGUGCGUUAUCUCUGUGUGUGUGUGUGUGUGUGUGUGUGGGAGAGAGAGAGUUUAUUUGUUAGGAGAGCAUUUUUAUACUUGAAGUAACAGUGCUUGGAAAUUUUUACUAAAAUUGACAUUAAGUCUGCAGCUAAACUGAGCUGCAACGAGAAAGCGGUCUGCCCAGUGGCUAGUGCAAGAACACCGUAAUGAUAUCGAGUUAGAUUUCAGGAGAAAAUUUUAGACGAGUGGCUUGACGUGUGCCUCAUCAUGCUGUUAGAUAUGAAGGUAAUUGUUUAGAAGCUUAGCACUGUGGGUAGAUAUGUCCUCUAUGGGUAUAAGAGGUUUUUUUUUUAACGCUACAGCACUGAUUCCUGUUGAAGUGCAGGCUAAUAUUUAUGUAUUCCUUGACCUUGAUCUGUAUACAUGUCCUAAUUUCUGCCAGCAGCAGAUCACUCUGAAAUGCUGAUAGAAAUGAAUGAGUGUAUAUGUAGUGGACAAUAUGGUGCUGCUGAAAAGUUAAAGGUUAGACAAAUCACCUCUGUGUUCAUGUUUGAGGAGGAGAGGUGGGGGAGUGUGUCAGCCUGGUGAUCACACUCAUGUUCUGAAAUCACAUCAAUACAUCAGGAUCAAUCAGUUAUUCUUUAGCGUGCAUGGAAAUAUAUCCUGCAGAAAAACCCCACACUGGUCAUUAUGGUCAAAACUCAAAACACAGCUGCAGACGAAACAUCUGCUUAAAGACAUUAACUGAAACAAAUGCAAUAGUUUUAAUAAGUACAAUAUGCUGUGAAUUGUGAGAGUUGGAAGCCAAUCCAUAUUGUUGCGUUACAGUGGAAUGGAUUUUCAUCCUACAUAACCCCUACACUAUGCCAUCUACUGUAAAAUGAUAGAGAGAAAAAAAUGACUGUUCUGAGAUCUGUUGUUUAAAGGAGGGAUCAGUUCAGCUGAAGUCAGAUCACUGGUGCAGUUUUACUGCAGAACAGUGACAAAAAUCAUUAAUGCCGUCAGUAUCAUCCAGCCAAUCGGGAUAAGGAGGCAGAAAGUUUCCACACCUACUCUAGUAUUCUGUUUUUGUUAAAGCCUUGGCAGCACAUGGAUGUAUGACUAGAAUAGGAUGCACACACUGACACACUCUUUCACCCUUAUGGUCCGGUUGGUCAGUUUUGGGGAUGUGGAAGGAAAUCUGAGUAUCUACAAGACACUGAGACAAACACACAGUAAAGUAACCUGAGCUCAGGACUGAACUUGUGGAUGUUGGCAGGCUCACACACACACACACACACACACACACACAAAAAACAUUUACUGCAUUUGGCAGACAUUUUUAUCCAGACUGAUUUGUAAUCUCUAUUAAAAAACACAUCCUGUUAGUUCACUAGAUCAGGGACUAACAGUACCAUCAAUCUGAUCAGUCCAGUAUGGAGGGAAAAAAAACAAGGAAACUUCUCUAAUCAGCCACUAGAGAGCGCCAGAUACAUUUCAGCUUCACUUUAUACCCACUGUCAUCUUGUCCACCACAUAUACAGUCAUUGAUAAUAAUGCACUAGUGUUGUAGUUGGCUAAACAGGUUUCCUUCUGUUUAAUACACUGAAUAGGUUAGAAAUCCUGCUGACCUUUGUCUCUCAUUCGAACCGGACCUCAGAGAUUGAAAGUGAUGUAAAAUCUGAUUUCAGGUUUUGUUUUUUAUUUUUUUUGGUCUGUGUGCAUUUGUUUCUGUUUGUCCCGAAAAGUCACCAUAGACAUCUAGUUCUCAGGUGCGAAAUGCACUCAAGAGAAAGCACUUGUGUAGAUAUAGAUGGUUUUACAGUGUAGUCUAUAGACUUUCCAGUGGGCAAAUUCUGCCGUCUGCUUGGCUGAUGGUAUCAAGCUGGAUUUAAUGUGUUUUAAUGGGAUUUGAGCUGAUAUAUAAUGAGCAGGAAUUCUCUAAGCUGUCCUAAUGUUUAAAGGAAGAGGAAGAGCGUUUGUCUGAGAGUUUCAUAAGAAGAAAAAAAUCACUGGAAUUGUCUGGCAGCUGUAUGCAAAAAUGACACUGAUGCAGUAACCCCAGGGGGUUUUAUGAGCUUUGUUUCUAAAGCAAGCAGUAUUUACACUGACAGGAAUGACCCAGGUGAGAAAGAUAUGUAGAAUCUUCCGCUCUGUGUCAUUCCAUACAAUACAGUUCCAUUACAGCUAACUCUGUUGACAUGCUGGUGUUAUACAAACUGGUCCACUGUUUGUUGGCAAAAGGAUGCCUCGUGUGUCUACGGCUGUUUAAAAUUCACCGACACAUUCUUUGUGCCCUACCUUAACGUACCAAUCCUGCAGACUCGACCUGUUUUAGAAAUCGAGACCGAAUCAUUUUGAAUUCAAACAGGGAUCUAUAUUUCAAAGUAAUUUCUGUGAAAUUGUUGUGUAGAUAAAUUUAAGAAUGUAUUGUAUUAUUUUCGUUUUCAGCCUUUUGGUUAUUUUUUUGGAAAGAAUAAAGUUUUAUGCUGAACUAUC